AUGGAAGUCUACUUUCAAUACCGUCGAGUUCAAAGCGCUGUUCGUCUACAGCUAUUGAAAUUGGAGGAAAAUUGCAAGUGUGAAGACUACACGGUGGGAUCACCUCACAACACAAACUGUCCUGUCAUUGAUCAAAACGGAAAUCUCGAAAAAGUGCCACGUACCCAAGAAAAUGACCCAAGCGGACCGAUCCUCGUGCAUUGGGAUGGACAAGAUGACCCUCUGAAUCCAGUGAACCAAAGCACUACGCAAAAAUUGAUUCUAACGUCCCUGGUCUCGCUGGUAGCACUUUCUGUGGCAGCUGCAUCUGCAAUUGAUGCGUGUGGUGUCAAGCAGUACAGUGAGUUCUUUGGUGUAUCCGAAGUUGUUGGGUCGCUUGCAACUGGUCUGUUCUUGAUCGGUUUUGCUUGUGGCUCGCUACUCUCGGGUCCCCUCUCUGAGACGUUUGGACGCAACGCAGUGUAUAUUGCCACGAUGGUCCUCUUUUUGAUCUUCAUCAUGGCUUCGGCAUUAGCACCUAACCUGCAGGCUCAUCUUGUCUUUCGAUUCAUAGCAGGUCUUUUUGCCUCGACGCCACUGAGCUGUGCUGGUGGCACAGUCGCGGAUCUAUGGAGCCCCCUGCAGAAGACUUAUGCCUUUCCAUUCUAUGCAGUGCCUGCAUUUGUAGGCCCGAUGGUUGGUCAAAUUAUCGGGGCCUAUAUUCCAACCACUCCUGCCCUAGGGUGGCGUUGGCUAGAGUGGAUCAUGCUUAUCCUUGGAGGUGCAAUCCUUUGCAUUAUAGUGAUAUUCCUACCGGAAACUUACGGCAAUCUGAUUCUACGCUGGAAGGCCAAAGCUCUGCGCCAACAGACUGGAAAUGAGAGGUAUAGAUCUCCGAUGGAGAUGAAUCGACAGAGCCUGGGCCAACGUUUACGAAUCUCUACAUCCCGACCAUUCGCGAUGUUUUACUCCGAGCUGAUCAUCAUUCUCCUGUCACUUUACUUGACUAUCAUGUAUAUUGUCCUCUUUACCUUCUUGGAAGGAUAUACAUACGUGUUUGGGGAAACCUAUGGCAUUUCUCAAAGGCUCACCUCGAUCUGCUGGGCGGGUAUGCUAGUGGGUGUUCUACUUGUUAUUCCCCUGAUUCCAGUGGUAUAUACCUGGACUGCAAGCGAAUACAAAAAGACCUCAGCAAUAGCACCCGAGACAAGACUCUGGUACGCGAUGCCUGGGGGAGCCCCGGCAGUGCCAAUUAGCCUGUUUUGGAUGGGAUGGACUAGCAAUUCAUCCGUUUCCAUUUGGUCUCCGCUCAUUGCCUCGGCUGCUUUUGGUUACGGGAUCACCACUAUAUUCAUCGUUUCGUAUAUGUAUCUCAUCGAUUCGUAUAAUAUAUAUGCAGCAUCUGCGCUCGGAUUUCUUGUCUUCACGAGGUAUGUCGUGGCAGGAGGCAUCACGGUCGCCGGCGGUCCGAUAUAUCGGUCGAUUGGAGUUCACUACACACUCACAAUUCUUGGGGCCAUCAGUGCUGCCAUGACUCCGGUUCCCUAUUUGCUCUUCAUCUAUGGCCCGCGUAUUCGAAAGCAUAGCAGAUACGCGGUACAUUCCAACAUCGAAUGA